AUGGUGGCUUUCCUCUCUCGCCUGAACCCGACCCCGGCCUUCCCGGAGUAUCCUGGCCCACAUACUGUCGGCACCGUCGACGUCGAGAUUCCCACCGCCGACUUGCCCUCCACCGCUGCAGCCCCUGCCGAUGCCGCUCCUACCGUCUCCUUCCGUAUCUUUUAUCCUUGCCAGAACCAGAAAGAAAACCCAAGACCCGUAAGAUGGAUCCCUUCGCCACAACGACCCAAUCUCUCUGCUUUCGCCCGACUCCUUGGUGCUGGCUCUCGUGCCUCCGACUUCUUCUCCUACUUUCCAACCAUCCUCUAUUAUAUCUCCAUACCCGCUCAGCGCAAUGCGCCACUCCUCGCUCCUCCAACCACCAACAAGAGAUGGCCUGUCAUGAUCUUCUCUCACGGCCUUGCUGGCAACCGCAACCUAUACUCGCACAUCUGUGGAUCUAUGGCUUCAUACGGCCUUGUUGUUAUUGCCAUGGACCACAGAGAUGGCAGCUCGCCCGUUCAACACAUCCGUGCAACCUCGGACACUCCCGCGAAAAUCGUCGAUGAAAUCAAAAUCUCCCACUCGCCAUCUCCCGAAGUCUACGCUGCAAGAGACAAGCAGCUGCGUAUCAGAUGCUACGAAACUUCUUUGAUUCACGCUGCACUACUCAAGAUCGAUCAGGGCGACAAGGUGAACAAUUUGGAUGAUAACUUUGCGCACACCAAGAAAGAGCGAGUUGAAGUCUUGUCGAGAUUUGCUGGUCAACUCGAUGUGCAUAUACCUGGAAAGAUCACUUUCGCAGGUCACAGUAUGGGUGCCUGUACAACGGUCCAGUUCGUCAAGUCCGUUUUCUAUGCCAAAGACCGACCUCAGAACGCUCAUUCACCUCUCAUUACUCCGACCGACCCCCUCUUGACUCGCCAAGUCACCUCUGCUUCUCCAGUACUACUACUCGAUCUUUGGACUCUGCCACUUCGCAGCCCAGCCCAAUCCUGGCUUCUGGAGCGCCCUCUGCCAUCAUACGCAGACUCUUCAGUCGGUGGUAAGAACAUCCUCAGUGUUAUGUCGCAAGCCUUCUUCAAGUGGACCGGCAACUUCAACGACGUGCGUCGCACCAUUGCACCGCCGAAAAACUUUUCUGGACCGAAGCCACACUUGUUCUACCCUGCCACUAGCCAGCACUUUUCGCAGUCUGACUUUGGUGUACUUUUCCCGUUCCUUACCAGCAAACUGCUGAAGACCGAAGAUCCAGAAAGAUUGCUGUUGUUGAACACUCGCGCUAUGCUGCAAGUUCUGAGGGAUAUGGACAUUGAGGUAGCGGAUGUCGGCGAGAAGAAUCUUGAAGGUGAGAAAGAGGAGACAAUCCUGAAGCCGAGCAAGUCUGGACAGGAGACUGUCAAGGGCUGGGUCAGAGUCGCUGUUUCGGAUGCUGAUAACAACGACGCUGGCAUCUCGAUUGAGCAGGACAAGAAACAGAAACCUGCCGACGAUAGUGAAGGUAUGGAAAUGUAG